AUGACGACUGCGUUCACCGAUGGCGCCACGCAUCGCGACUCCGCCGCCCGCUCGGAGUUCUCGUGCAUCCAUGAGCGCAACUUGCAGCUGAAUUCAGAGGACCGGUCAGGGUUGGUGUCUCGUUCAGGUGAUGACGCCAUCCAUCACGAGAUACGCCGACGAGAAAAACAGAAGGCUCAGAGGCCACUGACACGGUACCUGCCCGUGCGCGGCGCCGAGUGCGACCUGCGACAACAUGUGUCUGCGGGUCACCAGGUGGAGCUGUGCCCACACGUGCAGCUCACAUCAUCAUCCUGCCGUGGCUACCUGCACAAGCUGGGUGGCAAGUGGCGCUCGUGGAAGAAGCGCUGGUUCGUCUUUGACCGCUCGCGGCGGGCCCUCAUGUACUUCAGCGACAAGACUGAAACCAAGCUGAAAGUGGUGCCAUUUCAGGCCAUAGAAGAGGUCUAUGUGGACCACCUGCACUCUGUCAAGAGUCCAAACCCACGUGUGACGUUCUGUGUCAAGACAUAUAGCACCUUCCACCUAAUGGCACCCACAGCUGAGGCCAUGCGCUGA